ACGUAAAGUAGCGCCUCGUACGCAAUACAAAAUUUCGACGUUCUUAUACUUCGUAGUCGUUCUCUGCCGUGUUUGUUUCGUCAAUCGUAGGAAAGGAGAAGUCGUCUUUCCACAUUGUACCAAGGAAACCAACUGCUACACAAUCAAAAAUACCAACCCAGGAACACCUUUUUUUUUCCUCUGAAAAAAUUUUAAACGACGAGCAACUUCUUUUCCGAGUAGGACAAAGUAGCCGCUGCGGUUCCGCUGUACAUAAGAAAGCAGAAGCACAGUUAUCCGACAAGGUAAUUUUUAUCCGCCAAGUUAGUAGCUAUACUUACUUACGUCAGCGUAUCUUUGCACAAGAAAAUCAUGAAGAAAACCAUCGUUGCCUGCAUUGUCGCGUCCGCGACGGCGAUCCACCCCCCCCCACUCAUCAGUGGAUCGGGCAAGAGGACGGCGGGACUUUUGUGGAAGUUGACCACGGGAGUAAGGCGAACGCGGGUGGGAAGAAGAAGAAGGCGGGCAAGAACCUCUACGGUUUAUCGGGGGCGGGACAAGCUGGGUCUCCCUCUAGCUCUACUACGGUUCAAACUACAACUGCGCCGGAAGAGAAGGAGGACGAUUGUGCGAACAAGCCUUGGGCUUGGGUGCAACCUUGCUAUAGUGAUGGAGACUGCGGCUGCUUUCCAGGCUUUUUUUGCUUGAAGUUGACGAUUGUUUCUGGGGGUAUCUGCAGCGGACAGAUGUGAAGAAACUCCUCAACUUUACCCGCCUGUGGUAUUGAUGUUUUGCACAGUGUGUGCGGAGCAAUUGAAGUUUCUCUUUCUCUCCGAGAGCUAUUGCGCAAACUACCCGUUCGUAGUCCUUAGUAAGCCAUGAAUUAUACCCGUAAUCAUGUUGUGAGAAAAGCUUGUUUAGCCAGUACUUAUUAUCCUAGGUAGCCACAUAUUGUAUUUCUAUUUAAUAUAGCACAGCUUCUAGAUCUCCAUAACAUCAUUCAAUUAUCUUUCGCUUUAGAGGGUAUGCGACAGAGCAACGUCGACUUCGUGAUCACGUGAUGCACUAGUGCGCGUUUGUUAGAAAUUUUAUUUUUCGUUAUUUUUACACUGUUUUCCAGCAACUUUUGUCCAAUCCUUUUUAGGUCUUCCAAUCCCCCUCACCUUUUCGUUUUCCGGGAAGUUGUAUCCCGCUUCAGUAUCCGGUUUUCUACGAUCAUCUCUUCCUCCUUUGCGUAAAAUUUCCAACAAGUACAACUUGCAUACGUCCCAUAACUACAUUUUUCCACCCGUAAUCCCAAUCGAAAACAAGUGUAAAAUCCUCAAAAAACUAUGAACUACCCUUGCAUUACUUACCGUUCUUACCCCCACUGGGAAAGAUUUUGAUUUUGCUAAAAAUGUUUUUCCUGAAAAAUCAG